CAAGAUUCUAUUAGACAUCUGACAUUUGAUGUUUUGCUUUUCUUUCAGACCUUUAUUGACAAGUUCCGUUAUAAUGCAAAGAGGGCAUCACUCGUUCAAUCUAGAAUCAAGGCUUUGGAGCGAAUGGGCCAUGUGGAUGAGAUUGUUAAUGAUCCUGACUACAAAUUUGAGUUCCCCACUCCGGAUGAUAGACCUGGUCCACCGAUUAUAAGUUUCAGUGAUGCUUCAUUUGGUUAUUCUGGGGGCCCCAUUCUUUUUAAGAAUUUGAACUUUGGGAUUGAUCUUGACAGCCGUAUUGCAAUGGUUGGACCAAAUGGUAUUGGCAAAUCAACUAUACUUAAGUUAAUUGCUGGGGAACUUCAGCCCAGUUCAGGGACUGUCUUCCGUUCUGCUAAGGUUCGUAUAGCAGUGUUCAGUCAGCACCAUGUUGAUGGUCUGGACUUAUCCUCAAAUCCUCUACUGUAUAUGAUGCGCUGCUAUCCUGGAGUUCCAGAACAGAAGCUUCGAGCUCACUUAGGUUCUUUUGGUGUAACUGGAAAUCUUGCACUGCAGCCAAUGUAUACUUUGUCAGGUGGUCAGAAAAGCAGGGUUGCCUUUGCAAAGAUAACUUUUAAGAAGCCACACAUAAUAUUGCUUGAUGAGCCUUCCAAUCAUCUGGAUUUGGAUGCUGUAGAGGCGCUUAUCCAAGGUCUUGUCCUGUUCCAAGGAGGCAUUCUAAUGGUGAGUCACGAUGAACACCUUAUCUCGGGAAGCGUGGAGGAACUAUGGGUUGUAUCCGAAGGAAGAGUGACACCAUUCAAUGGCACCUUCCAAGAUUAUAAGAAGAUACUCCAAUCAGCCUAGGAACAGAACAGAGACCACUCUUUGGUAAUUGGAAGAUACCUGGAUGACAUUUUUCUGCUAUUUGUCUCAGCAUGGGAGGGAAUAUACAAGUUUUAACAUUUAUAAUUUCUGUAAGGUCUACACAUUUUAUUUUGUAUUUGUUUAUUACAAAAACAUCAAUGUGAUUCCACUACACAAUCACGUUGCAACAUCAAUGUCUGUAGACUCACUGGAAUGAAAGAAAAGGGUAUUGUUUGUCGUAAGAAAAUUGUGACAGCACCAGAGAAUAUAUGGUCUUGCCAUUGUUGAAAAUGACCCAAUAAGAAAUUCGCAAU